AUGGCGAGCUUGGGUGGACAUUCAAAGAAGCACAAGGUGACCAUUGUGGGAUCCGGUAACUGGGGCUCAACAAUCGCCAAGAUCGUCGCUGAAAACACACGCGCCAACAAAGAUCUCUUCGAGGAAGAUGUCCAGAUGUGGGUCUAUGAGGAGGACGUGACGAUCACCAAGGACUCCAAAUUAUAUGACGAAACCACGGGCGACAAGCCCCAGAAGCUCACAGAAGUCAUCAACAAGCACCACGAGAACGUAAAGUACCUGCCUGGUAUUCCUCUGCCCUCAAACAUUAUCGCCAACCCCGACAUUCGCGACGCUGUCAAAGACUCCACCAUCCUCGUCUUCAACUUGCCCCAUCAGUUCAUCGCAAACGUCUGCAAGCAAGUCAACGGACACAUUCUUCCUUAUGCCAGAGGAAUCAGCUGUAUCAAGGGUGUCAAUGUCACUGAUGACGGUAUCAGCUUGUUCAGCGAGUGGAUUGGUGAUGGCCUAGGCAUUUACUGUGGUGCCCUUAGUGGUGCUAACUUGGCUCGUGAAAUUGCUGAGGAGAAGUGGUCAGAGACUACCAUUGCUUACGAUCCUCCUGCUCUCGACAACAGCAGAGCUCCCACGCCACGAACCGGUAGCCCCAACCCUACAAUUGGCGAGCUCCCUGAGAUGCAGCACAAGGACGUUCGAGGCCGAACUUCCAAGACUAAGCUCACCGCUGUGCCUGCCGAUUACCCUCCCCUGGAUCAGGAUUGCUUCAGAACACUCUUCCACCGACCUUACUUCCACGUCCAGUUGGUCUCCGACGUUGCGGGUGUAUCUCUGAGUGGUGCAUUGAAGAACGUAGUUGCUCUCGCAGCUGGUUUCGUCGACGGUCGUGGUUGGGGUGAUAACGCAAAGGCAGCCAUCAUGCGCGUCGGCCUCAUGGAAAUGGUCAAGUUCGGCAAGGAAUUCUUCGGCGAGACCGUCCACACAGCUACCUUUACCGAAUCUUCCGCCGGUGUCGCCGAUCUUAUCACAUCCUGCUCUGGCGGUCGUAACUUCCGCUGUGCCAAGAAGGCCGUCGAGAAGGGAAUCUCCGUACAAGAGGUCGAGAAGCAGGAACUCAACGGACAGAAGAUCCAGGGUACAACCACUGCAGAGGAGGUGAACAGUUUCCUCAAGGCUCGUGGUCUGGAGUCGGAGUAUCCGCUGUUCACGGCGGUGAAUGCCAUUCUCAACGGACAGGCCAAAGUGGACGACAUCCCCCAUCUCGUGCAGGAUUCUUGA